UGUGUUUAUUUUCUUUCUGUAAGAUAACCUCGAGGCCGGCGGCUCGUUCGCUGAUUUUUCCAUGUAUUAUUUUCCCUAAACUUCAGUAUUUUGGCUUUCAUGAUUCCUAUAAAAAUGGCAGUUCGAUGUAGGAUCACAAGUGGUAAAUCAUUUUACGUUAAUUGCGUACUGUCAUCUUCACGUAGCAGUCACAUUUUGGACACUCCGAAGUUCUACUAUCAGAAAAGUGACGAUCAUGUGUGCAACGUGAAGAAUUAUGCAAAUCAAGUCGCUGCCAUUCCGUUUGCUGAAAGAUUUGAGCAACUCUUGCAACCAUUUGUCCGAUUUUCUCCAUGUUGCACUAGCAAGACACUGCAUGAUUUGAGAUCAGAAAUAAUUUCAAAGAGCUUAUCUAGUCAUGCUUGGAGGAAUCCUGGAAUUCCUUUUUUAGCUUCAUCUCCAAUAGAAAACUCAACUUUACUGCUAGCAGAUGUUGGAAGUAUUCAUGGAGACAAAAAGUCAGGUGCUUCCGCUGGGUCCUCUUCAGCAGGAGAUAAACAAAGCGGCCGUCCCUCAGAAGAACAACUUGAUAAAGCGUAUAAAUAUCUAUCUGAAAUUCUGCCAAAAAUUAUGGUCCAAACUGUGAAUUAUGAAUUAAUUGACCGCAAUGUUAUUAUUGAAGAUCACUUGAAAACUUACAAAAGAACAGUAGGAGUCCAUCAUUUAGUCCAAAAACUUGGAUAUAUGAGGUUUUGGGGGCACUUAAAAUUCUCCUAUGUUAAGUUUUAUGUUCUAAAAAUGACCUCUCACCCCGAGGAGGGAUGUAUUAAAGUUCGAUGGCGGAUCGCCGGCAUAACAACUUUCAAGACCUAUUUUCAAUUCUGGAAAUUAAAGUUUUGGAAGUUCAAAGAAAUGCUGCAAAAAGAAGAAGAAGUGUGGUAUGAUGGCUUUAUGAUUAUCCACUUGAACAGCAAUGGACUUAUUGGAAAAAUCUACAUUGACAAGAUGAUGCCUGACGAAGAUAAAACUAAGGUGACAAAAGACAAGAAUGUACCUCUCACUGCACACCUAGCUAUGGUAGGAGCAACACCAGAAAGCCUUGCUGCACUAAAAUCUUGUAAGUCAACAAAUGUGAAAGAUAUCAGUAGGCCAAAAAAUGUGUUGUCAUCAAAAGAUAAAUGUCAUAGUCAUAACUCAGUAUCGAGUAAUCAUGUUUAAGAGUGAACUUUAAGUAAUUUAUUAGCGCUUUGAUGUACCCUGUAAUUGACAUGUGCGAUAAGCAGAGCUGUCGUAUCUGAGCCAGAUGAUAAGUUUGUAUAAAAUACAAACAUAUCUCAUCCAUCGAGCCAUAAAAGCAGAUUCCGUUUCCUCUAGGUGGCUGCUACGUUCAAAACCGCUCGUCAGUUGAUGUAUCAAAAUCUGCAGGCUGUCUCUUACAUUUCUCAGUCGGAUGUGCUACAACCAUAAACACUUUUUAUUAUUAGCUUGUUUUAAUUUUCUUCUGUUACUCUCAAUUUUCCUAUUUUUCUCGUAGUUUUUCCUGAUUUGCACUGAAAUCAUGAAUUUGCUUUGACUAGUGCUCUAGUUCAGUAUUUUCCUUUUGCUCUCCUGUUUUAAAAAUUAUUCUUUUUUCCAUCUUUCUCUCUUGUUUUUGAAGAUUUGAAAGAUGAGCUUUUAGAAUAAAUGAAGUAAAAAAUACUCUAGUUUAAGGGCAGAUACUGUCAAAUUUAGCCCUUGGACAUGCAAUGAAUACAAAUGUGUAAUAUGAAGCCCUUUAAGUACUCUUCCGCAAAGUGACAUCAAGAAUGUCCCCAGGAAAAGAUAAAUUGCCACACAUUAUCUUGAUAUCCAGUUCCAUGUCAACCAGUUCGCAAUUAAGUGACUUACUCUACAAAUGGUUUUUCAGUUUCAAUUUCUGUGUUGUUUGUCAGUGAUUAAACAGUUACUCUUAUCUCUUCCUUCUCUUUCCAUGUACGAACAAUUUAUCAGACACGAUGUACUUAAAGGGAUUAGAAUUCUUCUACAGUUGUCUCGCCGUCUAUUUCUAUUUUUUAUAUAAAUUCCGAUCAAACAAUGUUGUAUCCUUUUUUUUUAUUGGUGGAUUUAUUCCGAAUUCAGGGAUAUAAGUUUAACUAAUAUUUAGUUGGAAAAGACAUGAAGAAGCAGGUUGUUGCCUGAGAAUAAAUCAGGUAUCCUCCUUGAUGAAAAUUCAUGAAACGGGUGAUUAAAGUUUCUUGUUUAUUUUAUGAUACUGUAAAGGAUACAAGGAAUAUAUUUGAAGUGAAAUCGAUGGGCGUUGAUCAUUGAUUAGGUGUCUAAUUUUGAGAAUUUUUUCUCUUUUUUUUAAUUACUUAGGUUUGUAUUUACAGAUUUCAUUGAUCAUAAGCUUUUCAACAUUAAUUUUCCUUCUCUACGCAUUUCCAUCACUAAUCCUCUUACUCAGGAGAAAUUUUACACAAAAUCUUGAACGGGCAUAAAAGUAGAUUUUUUAUUGAUAAGGAAUAUCUAGGUAACAUUAGUGAAGUUAUACUUCAGCGAUCAUAAAUUGUCCUAUCAUAAUCAAAAAUACGUUCAAAUACCAAGAGAUACUUCUAAUGAAGGGUGGAAAUCGUUAUAUAAGACCGUCUCAUGUUCAAAGCAUAAAGGGAUGUACAUAUCGACUGUAAAACUGAAAGAAAUGCGUAAAUCGUUUACAGUGUUUUAAAACUCCAUUCCUACUUUAUUUUUUAAAAAGAGACCAGACCAAUAUCAUAGCUUAAAAUUUUCAAAGAAUAUUCUUCACAUAGAGAAGAAAAAUCGCCGAAGUUUUAAAAAAAUGAAGUCUCAUAGUUUUUUAAGUAGAAAAUAAAGUAUGACAGGAAGUAUACAAGGCUGUAAACCGAGAUACACAUCUCUGCAGUUUUACCAGCAUUAUGUGCAUUCAACUUAAUCCGGAUUGUUCUGUUUUAUUUUUAUUGAACUGAGAGUCAAAAGCACAUACCUCUUUAGAUCCCAAGAAAAGUACGUCUUUUAAGCAUUUUUAAUGUGCAAAUGUCAAAAAUAAAGGUAAAAAAAUAAGUAUGUCAGUAUGUCAUUCAGCUUAUGUAAGGAACCUUGCGCGUAUGGCAAGACCCUGUAUUAAUCAGUGUCACAAUAUGCCCUGAAUUUGAGCAUUAAUAAAAACCAAAUUUCCUUCUA